AUGGAUUAUUAUUCAUUCGUUUCGGGCUUAGGAUGCGGCCUAGUUAUUGGAUUAUCGCUAAUUACAUUGAGAAAGUAUUUUGUAUCUGUUAAAGAAACCGCUAAAACCAUUAAAAAGAUAGCUUCAAACAGUGAAUAUAAAUUGAUAUUAGUUGUAAGAACAGAUUUAGGAAUGAGUAAAGGUAAAAUAGCAGCUCAGUGUGGACAUGCAGCCGUUGGUGCUUAUGAGAAAGCAUUAAAAAGAGACCCAGAAGGUUUAAAAUCCUGGCAAAUGACUGGUCAAGCAAAGGUGGCUGUCAAAACAGACUCUGUUGAUGAAAUAAAACAAAUCGCUGAUAAUGCUAAGAAAAUGGGUAUAAUAACAUCAAUGAUACGAGACGCUGGAAGAACACAAAUCGCACCUAACUCCAUAACAGUUCUUGGUAUAGGUCCUGCUCCAAAAAAUGUUGUUGAUAAAGUAACUGGGCAUUUAAAGUUGUUGUAA